GAGCUUCGCCCGGGACAUCGGGACCGACUAGUACCGAACCCCACAGAAUCCAACAUAACACGAUAUUAUUCACUCCUAACAAUAUAUUAAUAAUUUUCAUUAUUUAAUUAUUAUUAUUAUUUUUUUAACAAAAGAAAUCAACAAUAUCAAUAAACAAAUAAAUAAACUAAUUAAUAUCUUAUUUAAUUUUAAUAAAUCAUUUGUUGGAAGUUUAAAUAGUUGAAAAAAAAAAUUAAAAAAUAUAUAUAAAAAUGUAAAAAAGAUGAGUGAAAUUUUGUGAACUCGUGUGUGAUAAAAAAAAUAAAAAUAAUAACAAGUGUUAAAAAAUGAAAAAAUUGUGAUUUAUUAAAUUUUUGUUUUUAUUAUUUAUUUAAUUAUUAUUAUUGUAUUAAUUUGAUUUAAUUUAUAAAUUUAUUAUGUGAUGCUUAUAGUGUGUUAUGUGAAUAUUGUGUUCAAGUGUUAUCAACUGGAUAAAUGACAAGAAUAAUUUCAAAUUUUUAAAAAAAGAAAAAGAAAGGUUUUUUUUUAAAAAAAAACAUAAAUAUAUUGUGAUCGUGUGAAUAAAGUAAAUUUAAAAAAAAAAAAUAAUAAUAAUGUAUUGGAGGUGGUGUAAUCACUGAGAUGUUAGUCCAGCCAUGGUCCUCGUCGUUAUCAUGAGGACACCCUCCUACGUCAACUACUACGUGCUCUGUCUCGUCUGUUGGAUUCUCCUUGGAAUCACUGGUGUGAGCACGAGGUCACACUCGCUUGUGAAAAGAUUUGCUGGAAUUUAUCCUGGUCCAUAUUUUGAUGAAAGUAGUCCAAAAAAUUGUACAGCUCAAUUGGGCACAAGUGCAUUUUUACCUUGUCGAGUACGUCAGUUGGGAAAUAAAUCGGUAUCAUGGAUCAGACGAAGAGAUUCACAUAUUUUGUCAGUAGAUAGAACAAUGUUUAUUGCGGAUGAAAGAUUUCAAACAAUAUAUGUUGAUGGUUCUGAUACUUGGACACUACAAAUAAAAUAUGUUCAAGCAAGAGAUGAGGGACAAUAUGAGUGUCAAAUAUCAACUGAACAAAAGAUGAGCCAUGUCAUUUAUCUCAGUGUUAUUGUGCCAAAAAUUGAAAUAAUGGGAGAUCGUGAGAGGUUUGUUAAAACAGGUAGUACAGUUGCACUACAUUGUGUAAUCAAUCAGUCUGUUGAGGCACCGUCCUAUGUAUUUUGGUAUCAUCGUGGUAAUCGACUGUUAAACGAACCACAUGGAAAAUUAACAAUACACCAACCAGCACCAACUGAAAAUGGCUAUGACAGUAAACUUGUAAUACACAAUGCAAGACUUGAGGACUCAGGAAAUUAUACAUGUAGUCCAAGUAAUCUUGAUAGUGCAAGUGUUACUCUUCACGUGCUUCAUGGCGAGGAGCCAGCAGCAAUUCAACGUGGUAUCAGUGCAGCCCCAGGUGGCUGUCGUGCACUGUGGUGGCUUGCUGGUUCAGUCAGUCUAUCAUCAAAUCAGGGCAGACGAGUUUUUAUAUUCGUACUACUAAUAACAAUUGCCCUAUUUACCUAUCAAAAAUCAAUACAUUUUACCUACAAUAUACGAUAAUCAUCGAAUGACAAAAGUAAUUUUAAAAAAAACAUAUUUAAAAAACUUGAUACAAAGUUUCUUGUAAAAAGUACGAGAACAAAAUUUAAAAAAAUAUAACAAGUUAAAGAAAAAUAAAAAAACAAACAAAAUAUACAAUUUAAGAAGAAAAUAAAAAAAAAAAAAAAGAAAUUUAUAAGAUGACGACGAAAAAGUUGGAAGAUGAAGAGAAAAAAAAAAUAUAUAUAUAUGAAUCUGGUGAAUUAAUGGAAGAACGUGACGGAAUUGCAUUCGACAGGUUCUUCCAAUCACUGGCAAGGUGCUAACGAUCGUUUCGCCUCAAGGUUUCGCAUUGUGCUGACUUGUACAAGCAACAAGAUUUUCACAUCCUGAUUAUUUAGUUGCUGCUGCUGCCCUCGAUAACAGCAAAGUAUAAAAAAUUAAAAUAAAAAAAGAAAUUGAUAAAUGAAAAGGCAAAAAAAAAAAAAAAGUUUGUUUGCAUUUAUAAUAAUAGUUAUUUCCAUAUUUCUUUGAAAUUAUUAUUUAAUGUUUUUUUUUUGCUUUAAAAUUAAUUCAAUUUAUCAGUAUUUGAUGAAUUUAUUUUUUAUAAAUUAUACACGCUAGUCUGUGUGUGUGGCUGUGUGUGUAUGUGAGAGAUAAUAAUGGGUAGAGUGUUGAAAAACUUUUUAUACCGUUCGGAGCAAAA